CGUUCUUGUUCUAGAACAUUCCUGAUUUUUUUGGACACCAGCCUCUCUCGGACCUUCCACACUCUUCCAAUUACCACCUUAAAAACCCUCCCCUUCCGCUAACUUUCUCCCCAAGACACACAACGCUGCAAAAAAAAAAAAAAAAAAAAAAAAAAAAAAAAGAGCCAUCACACACACCAAAACACCAAGCUCUCUCUUUCCUCAUCAAGCUCGCUCUAAUGGCGUCCUCAAUUGCUCUCAAGCGCCUCCUCUCCUCCAACCUCUUCUCGAAGUCCAUCCCUGCGCCGAUUCGCCCCAUAGCUAACCUCCCGUCCGCUGCGUCCAGGUACUUCAACACCAAUGCCGUGCGCACCUACGACGAAGGCGACUACGACGACCGUGAUGUCGAUGUCGAUCGCCGAUCUGACCGCUCCCUCUCUCGCCCCCUCGGCCGCGACGAUUUCCUCUCAGAUUUUUUUGAUCCGUUUUCGCCGACGAGGAGCUUAAGCCAGGUCCUGAACCUGAUGGACCAAUUCAUGGAGAAUCCAUUCCUCUCCGCCCCGCGCGGCGGCUUGGGGGCGGGAAUCAGCCGCGGAUGGGACGCGAAGGAGACCGACGAAGCGCUGCAGCUCCGGGUGGACAUGCCGGGGCUGGACAAACAGGACGUGAAGGUGUCGGUGGAGCAGAACACGCUGAUCAUCAAAGGCGAAGGUGCAAAGGAGCAAGGCGAGCAGGAGAGUGCAAGGAGGUACAUGAGCAGGAUUGAUCUGCCGCAGAAGCUCUACAGGACUGAUCAGAUCAAGGCCGAGAUGAAGAAUGGUGUGCUCAAAGUGGUUGUGCCUAAGGUCAAAGAUGAUGAGAGGUCUGAUGUUUUCCAUGUCAAUGUUGAGUAGAAGAUCAUAGAAUAAUGUCUGGUUUUGAGUUUCUGAAUGCCAGUCUUUAGUUUCUGAAUGCCAGUCUUUCUUUCUUUUUCUACAAAUGUUUGAGGGGGUUUUGGUAUCGAAUACUAAGGAUUGUGAAUGGAUGUUUUGUUUUCUGAUA